AUGGCGACUCGGGAGGUGUGUUCAAUCUCCGGGCUCCCGGAUGAGCUCCUGGGCGAUAUAUUCCUGCUCGCCGUCCAGGCGUUGGACGACACAGACGAAUAUGCACCUCUUCCUCACGGAUUCACCUCUUUCGAGGAUGAAGUUCUCGCCUCGAUCAUUAGCGUGAGCCGUUUGUGGCGGAAUGUCGCAAUGAACACCCCGUCUCUCUGGACGAGGACUUAUGUGACUCGAUACGAUGUCAUUCCCGAUCCGGUUACCGAGGCCAGACAGCUGGACCUGAGCAUGGUCGUGCGUAAUCUCGCGCGUUCGCAGCAGAUGCCAUUCGACGUCCUCAUCGACUGUCGCGAUCCGGAGUGGGACUUCUCAGAGCCAGAAGACGUGGACUCCUCCGAGGAUGAUGAUCCCAUGUAUGAGCAUCCGUUCCCGCGCGCAGUUCUGGCUCCUCUGCUCGACCUCCUAGAAUGCAACAUAGAUCGCUUGCGGUCCGUUGCAAUGCUCUCUGAUACAUACGGACCACUGCAUGAUGUCCUGGCUCGCCUCGCCUCGGUGCAAUCGAAGCUGCUCCCGCACUUUUCGUCCCUUUUCCUAGCCCGAUGCAAUGACAUUCCUGCGCACGAGUUAUCGUUCAAGCCCGCUGCAUUAUUCCUACCGUUGGAUCGCGCACAUGUCCCGUUCCAUGGCUGCACGUUACCGAAACUGAAGAGCUUGGUGCUGUGCGGCGUGCACACCAACUGGUGGAACCUCCCGGACAUCCUAUCAGGGUCAACAUUGCGCCAUCUCGAACUUUCCUUCCAUUGCGCAGAAGCGCGCCCAUCGGAGGCUGCUCUCCGGAGGAUUCUCUACGCAUGUCCAGGUUUGAAAACCCUCACGAUGCGCGUGUCAGGGAUCGCCGUACCCGAGGCUCGUGUGCAACGCGACACUCCCCGCGACCCACCCCUUCUACUGCCUCAACUCAAAUGGCUCGCACUCUCUUACGCGACGCGUGCUGACCUCCGCGUCUUCCUUCGGCUGUUUAGUCAAAUGGAGACGAAGAUCCGGCGUCUUACUCUCGAGGGCGCUCCGCCCCCUUCGUACGAAACGGUCGACGUCUCGGAUAUCUUGACGUUCUGGAUGGCCGGUGUGACGCCAGCAUCGCCGAAACCUACGCCCACAUUCCCAUAUCUCACUCGCCUGUCCCUCCUACGAGUCUCAUCAUCCUACCACUCUCUUGCGCGGGUGUUGAUGACGCAUCCGAGGAUACGCCAGGUCGAUGUCGCAGGUAGCGGCUUUGCUCUCCCCGUCGCCGAGGUUCUGUGGUCGCCGCUCCUGUACGGACGCGCGAGCUGUUCCUACCCAUGCCCAUCUCUCAGGCGGUUCCGUGUGCCGGAUGGCUGCGACUUUCAGCAUGAUGAGCUUCUGCGGCUCAUCUUCAUGCGAAGCAGAGAAGACGUGACGGUAGAGUUUUCGCGAGACGAGUUUCACGAACCGACGGAUUUAUGGCCGAGCGAUGGUUUGGUGACUGAUAUUGCGUGCAAGGAGAACGGAGAAGAGGAGGAUUCUGGCCAGGUAACCAUACCUGACCUCCCGUCUGAUCAUGAAAUGGACAGAGUGCUGGACAAUCUACGUACUUACAAGUUACCCUCUAUAAGUCGCGAGCGUAAAUAG